AUGCCUCUUUACAACAUCACUCUGAAGGAGGGGUCUUCCCCGGAAGAGCUCGAGAAGGCCAAGGAUGACGUUCGCGCCAAGGGUGGAAUCAUCAAACAUGAAUACAGCCUCAUCAAGGGCUUCACUGCGGAGUUCCCUGAGGACCUGGCUCAGACCCUCGACUCGACCGAACACAUCCACGUCGAGCAGGACGGUGUAGUGUCGACCCAAUAA